AAAGCGUUUUCAAUCAAGUCGCGGAGUUAUCAACACUCUGAUUCAAAAUGGUAUUUAAAAGCCUGCAAAAUGUUUUUUGCAAAACAUCUUCAAUUAUAUUUUAAAGCUUUUAAUGAUAUAUUAGUAAAUCUAAGUUAUGUUUUCCAAGCUAAAACAAAAAAUUGCAGAUGGCGUUGAAGGAGUAAGCCCUGGAAAGCAAACCCCUCUCAGGGGUCCGACAGGAGAGGUUGGUCGUGCUCAAGCCCAAAAUAAUGGUAAGAUUGAUGAAUCAGCCUCUCCAUUGUCAAGUUUGUAUUCAUCUCCUUUGCAUAAACAGCAUGAAUACAAUAGGAGACCCUCUGAUCUUAAUGAAGAUGAGAAUUUUCCUCUUCAAGAAAGUACUCCAAAUGAAUCAUUUGUUGCCUCAGAACCUCUUUCAUUGAGUGAUAGAAGAAUCUCUAUAUCUUCAAAUGCCGGUGUAGAUGAAAGAUCAGAUGUUGAAUCAGACAUAGAUUCAACAAUAAAGUUUGAUCAGAUGAAUAUUCAUGAUUUAAGAAUUGCUUUUAAAAAACAAAACCAAAUUUUAAAAAAGUUCAAGCUGAAGUUUUCAGAGCUUGUAAGUGCAUAUAAAUCAAUGCAAAAAGAAAAGGAAAAGUUAGAGGGAGCGUUGACCAAUGGACAAGAUAAACAGUUACAAAGAAUCAAAGAACUCAAAGAGACAAUUGAACUUGAAAAAGAAGGGAAGCGACACAUGGAGGAAGUUUUGAAUAUUAACUUAGAAGAGAAAGAUCAACAAAUAUAUGCGUUACGUACUCAAGUUGAUUUGCUAAAAUCAUCAUUAUCUGAAAGAUCUACUAGUUUUAAAGAUGAGAAAAAUUUGAAGAAAGAAAAAUAUACAGAUAGCAUGCAACAAAAUUUGCUUUCUAAACUUGCUAGUCUUCAAGAAGAACUUGAUAAAAAAGACACGAUUAUAAUUCAGAUUAGAGAAGAAAGUGCACGUAAUGAAGCAUCAAUGCGAGAAGAACUCUUAAAAGAAUAUAAGGAUAGUGUGUUAUCUGUUGGUUUGAAAAAACAAGAAGAAGAGUUAAGAAUGUUAUAUAAUGAAAAAGAGCUACAAAUUAAAGAUAAAUUUGCAAACAAAGUGCAUGAUUUGCAACGCGUUCUUGAAGAAAAUAAAAAGCAAAGAGACUUAACCCUCCUUGAAAAAGAUCAAGAACUUCAAAAACAAAAAGAUCUCUUACAAAAUGCAGAACAAAAGAUAAAUGCUUUUCUAAAAAAAGAAGAAGAUUUAAGAUAUAAAGCAGAUGGUUUUAAUUCAAAAAUAACUGAGUACCAAAAGAAAAUAGAAGAUCUAUAUUUAGAGAUUGAAAAUGAAAAAAAAGUUUCACAAAAUUUAGCAAGAACAUUUGAAGAACAGAUGCAGGAAAAACAAAAAGAUUUUAAUGAACAACUUGCAAAAAAAGAGCGUUUAUCACAAUCUAAAGUUUAUGAGAUCAAAGAGCAACUACGAAGAAAAUCACAAGAUCUUUCUGAAGCAAUCAGUUCUCAUAAAAAUGAAUUGGAGACAAUUGUCAAAGAUACAAAGCAGCAAAUGCAGUCAGAGCAUUCUAAAGUUGUUCGUAAGCUUGAGCUAAAAAUUUCUGACAUGAAAAAGGUAAUGAAAGAAUUGCGGGCACAACUUGAAGAAAAGGAGUUGAAAUGUGUCAGUUUAGCAGCCAAUCUUGAAAAUGAGAUUAAUUUUGGAAAACAAUUAAAAUUAAGCUCUGAGUCAUUAAGUAACUCAUUAAUAGAAUCUGAAACAAAAAUUAAUGAACUAAACCAAAGUGUUACACUGAAAGAUAAUCAGUUUCAAGAAGAAUACUCAAAGAAAGAGUUUAUAAAGAGUGAAAUGCUUCGCAUGUCUCAAACAAUUGAGUUAAUGAAUAUAGAACAAGAACGAAAAGACUCCGAGUUUCUUGACUGGCGUUGUAAAUCAGAAGAAGCAUCAUACAAAAUAGAAUACUUGGAAUCACAAUUAAGAGAAUUGCAAAUAUCAUUUGAAAAUAAAUCACUGGAUUUUCAAGACAUCAUAAAAAGUAAAGAUUUAAAAAUAGAAGAAAUAAAUUGUAAACUAAAGUCUACUGAAAAAGAUCUUGAAGAUUGUAUUAGUGAGCUUCAAAUGGAGAGGAAAUUGUCUGAAGCAACAAAAAUUAGUAUUGCCGAGAAAGAGACCCAACUGCAACAGUUAUCUUUAGAUCUAAAUUUAGGUAAAGAGUUUUUAGAAGAAAAUAUUUCUCUUAAAAAAACCAAUGACUUUCUGAACAAAGACUUGGAUAAUCUGAAAAUAAUGUGUGAUGAAUAUAAAGGAGAUAUUAACAAGUUGAAAAUAAUGUGUGAUGAAUAUAAAGGAGAUAAUAACAAGUUGAAAAUAAUGUGUGAUGAAUAUAAAGGAGAUAUUAACAAUUUGAAAAUAAUGUGUGAUAAAUAUAAAGAAGAUAUUAACAAUUUGAAAAUAAUGUGUGAUGAAUAUAAAGAAGAUAUUGACAAUUUGAAAAUAAUGUGUGAUGAAUAUAAAGGAGAUAAUAACAAGUUGAAAAUAAUGUGUGAUGAAUAUAAAGGGGGUAAUACUGAGUUAAACUUAUUUGUUUCUAGAAAAGAAAUAGAAAUAGAGUUACAGAAAAAUGAGAUAUUAGUACUAAAUGAAGAACUGAAGUGUUUGAAAGAUUCAAACCAGUUUUAUGAAGCAACUAUAUUUGAUUAUAAAACUGAGCUUGAAAGAUUAAAACAGUUACAGGUUCAACAUGAUAAGUGCAUAGAUGAGAAGAAUAUAGAAAAUGAAAGUUUUAAAAGUCAAGUUGAAGUUUUAAAAACUGAAAUUGAUUUAUUAAAAAAAAAAAGUUAUCAACUUGAAGCUGAAAUAAGUGCUAAAAAUGAAGAUCUCAACCUAUCAAAGUCUGCAAUCUCCAGUUAUGAAAAGUUGAUAGAAGAAAAGGAAAAAGAAUUUAGAAUACAAGUUAACAGCCUAAUGGAGGACAAAAAUAUUUCUGUUGCCCAUUAUUCUGAAAAGAUGGAGGAAGUAAGAAAAAGUAGCAUAUUGGAACUUGAGUCCCGUUACAAACAAAAAAUAAAAGACUUAAGUAAAGGAUAUGAUGCAAAAAUAAAUACAAUGCAUGAAAACUUUGAAAAAAAUGAGCAAACAUUAACUAUAGAAUAUAAAAAUCAACUAAAUAAAUUAGAGAGUAAAAUUGAAACUUUUCAGGCUCAACAAAAUAAGAGAAGGAAAUUCCUGGCAAAAAUAACUAAUGAUUUACAGAACACAAAUACUUGGCUAGAUGCAAAUAUGCAUGAUAAUUGUAAAAUUGACCUUUAUGAUGAUAACACAGAAAAUAAUUAUCUUAAAAGUGAUGAAAAAGUUUUGCGAAGACAACUUAUUGACAUUGUUAAACAGAACAGAAAUAAGAUUGAAGAACUUGUUGUAAAGAAAUCUUCAUACUAUCAUAAUUAUAUUAAAUGUUCAGAUGAGAGGGAAAAACUUUUAAAGGAAUUAGAGUUAUUAUCAGCACAGCUAGAUGAGAAAUGUUCAGAUGAGAGGGAAAAACUUUUAAAGGAAUUAGAGUUAUUAUCAGCACAGCUUUGUGAAAAUACAACUCUUCUCAGCGAAAAGGAAAUUUUUAUUAGCAAUUUAAAUAAAAAAAUUUCAUUUCAAGAAAAAGAUGAUUUAGAAAAAUAUAACCAGUACCAAUACCAAAAUAAUUUAUUAAAAGCUGAAAUUGAAAAACUAGAAUCUGUUAACUUAUCUUUAUUAGAGAGUGUCAAUAAUUGCCAAAGAGAUUUGCUUGCUAAAACAAAAGAUGUUCAACUGUUAACUCAAUCCUAUGAGGAAAAACUCUCUUGUUAUUCAUCUGAAAAUGAGCAACUAUUAUGUCAUAUAUCAUUACUCAAAAAUGAAAAUGAAAAGUUAAAUGACAACUCUUUGUUAAAUACUAAGCUAGAAGCAGAACUUUCUAAUGCAUUAAAAAUUCAAGAGGAUUUAGGUUUGAAAAUAAAUACAAAUAAUGCAACAAUUGAAGAACUUAAAUUAGAAAUUCUUAAAUAUCAAUCUUCAAAUAAUGACUUAGAUAAGAAAAUAAAAAGUUUGUUAGAUGAAAACACCAAUCUUCAUGCCAUGCUAAAAUUAAAUGAAAUUGAGUAUAAUGAGAAAUACGAGAGAUUAGAAAAAGAAUAUACAGGCGUUAAAGAAAAUUUAGAAAGAAAUAUCAAAGAAUAUACUGACAUUAAAGAAAAUUUAGAAAGGAAUAUCGAAGAAAUUGAAUUAUCAAACAUUAAAAAUAUAGAAUCUUUAAGAAAAGAAAACCUGGGAGAGUUAAUGCUUGAAUUAUCUAAAAAUAACGACUUAAACAAAACCAAGUUGCUCGAUAUUAAACAAAAAGCUGAACUCAAAAUUAAAAAAAUUAAGAGAGAAUUUUCUGAGAAAAUUGUUCAGAAAGAGUCUAGAAUUAAGGAACUUGAAUCAUUGUUAAAUGUUCAGCAAUUAGAAGUAUGUAGAAAAGAAGAAGCAAAUAUUACUUUGUUAACAGAACAAUAUAAUUUAGAAAAAAUAAAGAUCACAGAACAGCUAGUUCACAAUCAUGGGAUUGAGUUAGAGACUUCAUGUAAAAAAUUUGUAGAAGAAAUAGAUUUCCUAAAAAAACUUUUAAAUGAAAAAAAUGCUGAGUUGCUUAUUGAAAAAGACCGUGUCAUUCAACUUCAAGAGAGUAUUGAACAAAUGACUAUAGAUAAAAUGUCAGCAUUAAAAAAACAAAAGUUGUAUCUUGAGGAGGAUCAUCAAGCUGAAUUAAAAAAGGUGAUUGCAGAUGCUCAGCAAAAAACUGAAAUGAUUGAAAAAAAACUGACAGCAAAAAUUGAGGAAAAAGAUUUUGAGUUUAACUCUAAAGUUAAACAAAUGCUAAAGGAGUUUCGUUUAGAGCAGUGUCAAAAAGAUCAUAGUAUUGAUCAAGCAGUACAAGAAGCUAUCGAAAAAGCACAAUGUCAUGAGCGCAAAAUUAUAAUGGAGUAUGAUGAGCAAAUUAAUGAAUUAAAAAAGGAGUUAUUUUUGAGAGAAGAUGAUUUGAUCAAUUUUCAAAAUGAAGCUAAUGAUAAGAUAUCUUCUUUGACCGAGGCAAAUGUUAAAUUGGCAGAGGAACAUCAAGUUCUUUUAAAAAAUAUGGAAGUUGCCUAUAAUGAACGACUAGAGUCUAUAAUAAAAUCACACAAGGAAGAAUUGCAAAGUUUAACUGACAAUCACAAGACUCAGGAAGAAAUGGAGAUUCUGUUUAAACAACAAACUCAAGUUCUGAUAGACGAAUAUGAAAAAAAGCUUAUUAAUGUACAAGAAAGUCACCAUGCUGAAAUGCUUUCUCAAGAGAAAAAGUUAAAAUCACUUGCUAAGAAGAAUAAAUUAGAGAUGAGAAAAUUGCUUAAUGAAAAGAAUGAUUUACAAAAUGAUACAUCAUCAGAAAAGAUUUCAGAUUUGACUAAGGAAUUAGUUUCAUUGCGAGAAAAGGAGAAAGUUCUUGCAAUGCAAGUUGAGGAAAGUUCACCAGUUUCACCUGAUAAAUUUCGACCAGCUACCUUAGUGUUAGAUCAAAACAUAAGUAAUUCUCAGAGUUCUUCACCUAGAACUCCACAGCCUAUAGAGUUUGAGUAUCUGAGAAAUAUUCUCUUCCAGUACAUGAUGGGAAAACAGCGAACUCAAAUGGCAAAGGUUUUAACUGCCAUUGUUCAUUUUUCACCAACACAAGUAAAACAAAUACUUGCAAAAGUUGAAGAACAAGAAAAUCAAAAUGUAAAGAAAUCUUCUGGCUGGUUGUGAAGUGAUCAAAAGAAAUUUUUCUUAAAAAUAUUCUUUCAAAUUUUGCUUGUUGCUGAACCAUUAAAAAUAAACGUAUAGAUGGUUGCCAGGUCAUUAAAAGUAGUCUUCUGGAUAGUUGUCAUGUCAUUAAUAAUAAUCUUGAAUGGUUUUCACUAAGAAUAAUCUGCUGGACGGUUGUCAGGUCAUUAAAAAUCAUUUUUUGAAUGUUUAGAGAAAUGAAAAAGCAGCAAAUAAUUUUACAAACAUGACCAGAUCAAUUGGUUGAACUCAAUUUUAUUUUAGUUUUCAAUCUUUGUUGAGAGCUAUGUAUUUAAAAAAAAAAGAUUGUAUUUAUUAUUAUAAGUUGUUUAUUUAUUAUUAUAG